GCAGAGGCGCUCGGUGCGGGCGCGGAAGCCAGAGGUGGAGCUGGUACCGCCAUGAGCAGCAACGCGGGCCCCGCGGCGCGGCUGUGCCGCCUGGAGCGGGGGCCGGACGGGUAUGGGUUCCACCUGCACGGCGAGAAGGGCAAGCCGGGCCAGUUCAUCCGGCUGGUAGAGGCGGGCUCACCGGCCGAGCGCUCGGGGCUGCGGGCCGGGGACCGGCUGCUGGAGGUGGAUGGAGAGAACGUGGAACGGGAGAGCCAUCAGCAGGUGGUGGAGCGGAUCCGUGCCGCCGCCGGGGCUGUCAGUCUCCUUGUCGUGGACUCGGUGGCCGAUGAGCAGCUGCAGAAGCGGAGCGGGACGGGUAGCGAGCCCCCCGUGAGCAGCGGGCAGGCGACCCCGGAGCCGGCGGAGCCCGCGGUGCCCGCGGUGCGGGAGCCCAGCAGCAGCGGCGGCGGUCAGCGGGAGGAGCUGCGGCCUCGGCUGUGCCGCAUGAAGAAGGGUCCCAAUGGCUACGGCUUCAACCUGCACAGCGACAAGUCGCGCCCGGGGCAGUACGUGCGCGCCGUGGACCCCGACUCGCCGGCCGAGGCCGCGGGGCUGGCCCCCCAGGACCGCAUCGUUGAGGUGAACGGGGUGUGCAUGGAGGGCAAGCAGCACUCCGACGUGGUGGCAGCCAUCAAGGCAGGUGGCGACGAGACCAGGCUGCUGGUGGUGGAUGUCCUCACAGAUGAGUUCUUCAAGAAGUGCAAGGUGGUGCCCUCGGAGGAGCACCUUUCAGGUCCCUUGCCAGAACCAGUUGCCAAUGGUGAAAUAGCGAAGGAAAACGGUGGAGAGCCACAGUGCAACUCUGUGUCCGAGAGCCCAUCCAGCCCCCGGCUGCUGACCGUGUCCCCCGAAUCCGGCGAGACCCAGAGCGAGCCUGAUGGACAGGAGGUUGACAAGCGCCACUCAGCAUCCGGCUCCCUUCUGGACCUCGACAUCCCGCUGGCUGUGGCCAAGGAGCGGGCACACCAGAAGCGCACCAGCAAGCGAGCACCCCAGAUGGACUGGAGCAAGAAAAACGAACUGUUCAGCAACCUGUGAACACCCCCUGGGGUGGGGGAAAGGGUCCACUGCCCCCCAUGCCCCCCCCCAGCCUUGCACCCACCUCUUCUGUAUCCUCCUUGUCCCCACCACGGGCUCCCGGCAGCUCGGGGGCCAGCGAGUAUCCCCGCAGCGGGGUCCUGGGUGGUGCUUUUAGGCUAGAGAGAGCCUGGGGUGUUCUGGGGGUGCCCCCUCCCGUGGACCUAUCUCUAGGGUGCUCCUCCAGCCCUGCCUUGAAGCCCUGCAUACCUUGGUAGGCACAAACAGGGCUUAGGGUGAGGGAUCAAGGAUUUGGGGAGGCCCAACACCUCUGAUCCCUGCCGUUCCCUGGUUGUUCCCAAACUCCAGCUCCAUUUGAGCCCCCCCUCCCCUGCCAAAUUGCCCUUUAACUGCAAAACUUGAGGCUUUUAGUGACUUUUAGCAGCUCUUCCCUACCCAGCCACCAACCACAGCCAUUCCUUCCUGGGGGAUUUGACCCUCACCUGGCAAGCUCCGUCCAUGCUGACCCUGUCCCUUGGCCCCUUCAAGAGCUGCAAGGAGGGACGUGGGUGCCCAGUGCCGCAGGGAAGCCCCCAGCACCCUGCCCUCGGUGGUGGGGGCUAUUUCUGGGAAGAGAGAGGGUGUCUGGAGCCAGCACAGCAAGCAAUAAAUCAUCUCCUCUGCUCCCACUCACUCCUAGAGGGAGCUGAUCAGGGUUUGAAUCCAACACUGUUUAUUUUAAAGGCUUCUCAAUAGACUUUUGGGGCUUUCUUUCCCAAU